CCACCUUCUAUUACAAUCCCUCCAUCCCAAUCUUCUCCACUCCUUCCCCUUAGCCUCUCUCUCUCUCCAAAAAUCCAUCUGAAUUUUGCCUGUUUUUAAAACCCUUUUUCCUCUUUUUUCUGUAACCAUACUGUCAUCAUCCAAUCAGAGCACUGGAGAGCCAAGGCAUGGCUGCCUGUGAAAGCUUCCAGACCAUCUUUGAGAAGCCAUUGCCUGAAAAUCCAACCCUUCUCCAGUCCCUUUCGUCAUGGAAGCAGAUUAAAUCCACAAAACCCAUUCCAGAUUCCUCUUUCACAGAGCUCUUUGGGGAAUUGCAUUUCAGAGAGUACCCUGAAUCACAGAGCUCUUCGGGGAAUAGCUUCUCAUCUAUGAAUUCAGAAAGCUUACAGUUAUGCACGGAAGGCCUUGGCUCCGAAAGCUCAGAUGAUGUCGAAAACCUGAAAACUGACUGGCAAAGCCAAGAGCAGAGAACAAGCAUCACAAAGCCUGAAAAUCUAUCAACUGAACUCAGAAGGACAAGAACAGGGGGAGCAGAAUUCCCACCUCCAAUUUCUUGCAUUGGCAAGAGUGGGAAGCCUUGGGUGUGCUUCAAAUCUUACAGGCAAGAUGGCAGAUUUCUUCUCAAGGAAAUAAGGAUCCCAACGCAGGAUUGUCUCCAAGCUCGCCGGGAAGAUGGUCGCCUGAAGCUGCAGUUUCUUCAGCCUGAGGAUGAAAUCCCGGAAGAAGAGGAAGAUGAGAAUGAAGAAGAAGAAGAGGAGGAGGAUCAUGAUCAUCAUGACUGCGAGAACUGUGAGAUUAAUGUUAAGGAGGAAGAACAAAAUGGUGAAGACAGUAAGCUUCCAUAGGAAAUUCAGGUUCUUACCAGUUCCAUUCAAAUUUGCAAAUAAGCAGACUGGAAAAGGAGAUGAAUCUCAGCUUUGGUGGCUUUAAUCUUUGUUCCCUCCGUAGUUCCUAAGAUUGCUGCAUACAAGCUUGUGGCUCUCUGUUUAACUGUUAAAUUCCCAAUAUAAAACGCAUUGAAUGGCAGUUUUAUGUUUUCCA